UAGAUGAUUAAAAAUUAGUCAAUUAGGUUCUGCAGACUGGCGUAUAAGAACAAGUGCCCUUUGCGAAUUAGAUUCAGUCUCGGCUUAGAGCAAGAUGGAAUUUCAUGAGUAUUUUGAGUACUUUGACAGGAGUAUCCGCUUGGCAAUGGCGCCGCGUUUUAAAUGGAGUGGACGCCCAGCGGAGAGUGAUCCCAACCCGACGUUCAGAAGGGGCUUCUUUUUGUUGGCAAGCUUUUGCCUGGCUUACCAGAUUGUUGGAGUGAUGACUUAUUGGCUGUUAUUCGACAUGAAGGAGGAGGACACCCAAAGAUUUGUGGCCGGGAUAUCUGAGGCCACAGGUGCCCUGAUGCUCGUCUCCGUGGGAUUUUACAACGUAUGUGCCCUUUCGUAUCAUCGCAACGAGAUCGAGGUGCUGCUAACGCACCUAAUGAAGCUGUAUCCAAGACCCGGGGAAAGGCACUAUCGCUGCCGGCAUUACCAUAGCCUGGCAAACGGCUUGAUGAAAUUCGAGUUUGUGUACUUUUGGCUGUUCGCCCUGUACUACAAUGGCGCGCCACUGGCGAGCUUACUUUACGAGCACUUAAUGGACGGCAUGGAGGUCGGCUAUAAGACCCAGAUCAACACCUGGUAUCCCUGGAGGGUGCAUGGUUCAGCAGUUGGUUAUGGGCUGGGACACUUCGCCACUUGCAUCGGCUCGAUCGUGGGCGUGGCAUUCUCCUUGGGCACCCACAAUCUUAUCUGCAUAUUCACCUACCAGCUGAAGCUGCACUUCGAUGCUAUAGCCAAUCAGUUACGCGAACUUGACUCUCGUCAUCAAGGUGCCAGGCAGGAGUUGAGAAGGCUGAUCGCUUACCACAGUCAGGUUAUUCGGAUCGCCGUUCAAUUCAACGAAAUAAUGAACUUUUCCUUCCUUGGCGGCCUGGUAUUUUCCACAAUUGCUCUUUGCAUGACGAGUGUGGCUAUUUUGCUCCUCGAUUUGGUGUCCGCCUUUAAGUGCGUCAAUGGGCUGGUUGCAUUUAUCGUUUACAAUUUUGUCAUCUGCUUUUUGGGCACUGAGUUCUCCAUAGGGAUGCAGCUGGAGGACUUCAUGCUAUACCAGGACCUCGUGUGCCUAGCGGCCCAACUUCCCAGAUUCGAGUGGAAUGGCAGGCGAUCCUCGGCCGUCAACCAAAACUUAGCAAGACGCUUUAUCUUCCUAUUCGGAGCAGUGAAUCUGAUAUAUCACAAUAUCGGAUGCAUUAUGUACGGGUAUUUCGUUGAUGGAAGUACACAGGACCCCAUUGAGUACUUGGCCGAAUUGGCAACCGUGGGAGCCAUGCUUGGAUUUACCACCGUGGGCACCCUCAGCUUGUGGAAAAUACUAAGCCUCAAGCCACAUAUCGAGAAAUUAAUGGACGACUUCGAGGAGUUGUUUCAACACACCAAAAAGAAACCUUAUCGCACUCGACACUAUUACGAGUCGUACACUCGUUUCAUAAGGAGAUUGGUUAUCUUCACUAGCCUAGCCAUCGCGUACUACAAUUUACUACCCAUUAUUCUCAUGACUCGAGAACUUCUGACGGAAGCGCAGGACUUGAGUUACCGCCUUCAGAGCAGUACCUGGUAUCCUUGGAAGAUUCAGGGUUCUGUUCCAGGAUUCUUAGUUGCGGUCGUCUGCCAGGCCUUUUCGUGCCAGACGAACCUAUGUGUCAUCAUGUUCAGCCAGUUUCUGGUUAGCUUCUUUGGCAUCCAGCUGGAGAUCCACUUUGAUGGAUUGGCCAGGCAGCUGGAAGCCAUCGAUGCAAGACUUCCCACGGCCAAGGAGCAGUUGAAGUCGCUCAUCACAUAUCACAACAGCCUUUUCCAUCUGGCGGACAAAGUGAAUCGAUUCUUCAACUUUAUGUUUUUCAUAAGCCUCUCGAUAUCCAUUACUUGCAUGUGUUUCCUGGCCUUUUCCAUGACUAUGUUCGACUUGGGGCCGGCCCUUAAGCAUAUGCUCGGACUCUUACUAUUCUUGAUUUAUAAUUUUUGCAUGUGUCGCAAUGGGACGUACUUAAUAUUUGCGAGCGACAAAGUCUUGCCAGCUGCCUUUUAUAACAAUUGGUAUGAGGGUGAUCUUGCCUAUCGAAAGAUGCUGCUGAUCCUAAUGAUGCGUGCUACGAAGCCCUAUGUUUGGAGAACCUACAAGCUGGCUCCUGUGUCGAUUACCACCUAUAUGGCAACUUUGAAGUUUUCAUAUCAAAUGUUUACCUGCGUGCGCUCCUUGAAAUAA